UCAGCCUCGCGUCGAGCUUGAGCUUGAGCCGAGAUCAGCUCGCUCAAGCGCGUUUCGUUUAUACGCCUAGAACACAGGACCCUUCGGUGGUUUCGCUGUUUCGUAAGCCCUGCCGACCAGCGAAUCCACCCUUCACCCACUCCCACCUCGCCCCUCUCCGACACCGGAGCAAGAACUUUGAUUGGAUACCGGGGGAUCGAAUCUCCGCCUCUCCCUUCUCCUCCAUCUCGAUCGACUUGUAGUAGCUUGGAUUCAGAGGAAGAACGCGCGAGAUCGAGUUAGGAUGAAGCACAAGAAACUGUGAGGAAGCUUUGAUAUGGAGGAAAUAUUGACUAUUCUCACUCGGGCUUCUUGUAAAACCUUCAUGAAAAAAAUGACAGAUGCACCGAGACCUGAUUCUAUGACAAUGGAGGAUGUUAAUAGUGCAAGAUGGCUACCAAGGAUCGAUAUGUUGUUUGACAGUGAAAAUGAGGCAUAUGAGUUCUAUAAUACGUAUGCUGAGAAUGUAGGUUUCUUUGUCCGAAGGUCGACUCUGUGGACAACCUCAAAGAAUAUCAUUACUAGGAGAACAUUUGUAUGCUCUAGAGAAGGCUUUCGUGAGAAGAAAAAAGGGGCAAAGGAGGCGAAGUGUCCGCGGCCUGAAACAAGAAUUGGUUGCCCGGCAUGCAUGACCAUCAGGCUUACACCUAAUGGGAGAUACCGUGUGACAGAAUUUGUACCAAACCACAACCAUCAGCUUGCGGCAGCAUCUACUAUUCAUAUGUUGAGGGCCAAGAAAUUGAGACGUAAGGCACGAGCUGUAAGAGCAGAUUUGGUGGAUGACACAGUGAGAACACCGGAAUUUGAAACUGAAGAUGAGGCCUAUGAAUUUUACAGCAUGUAUGCUGGAAGAAUAGGAUUCAGCAUCCGAAGAGCAAGCAUGACAAUGAGUGCUGAAAAUGUUAUCACUAGAAGGAUGUUUGUGUGUUCAAGGGAAGGUUUCCGGGAGAAGAAAAAAGGAGCAAAGAGGGUGAAAAAACCACGCCCAGAAACUAGAACUGGUUGCCCUGCAUGCAUGAUCAUCAGACUUACACCUAGUGGCAAAUAUCAUGUGACAGAGUUUGUUACAUACCAUAACCACCCACUUGCAGUCCCAUCAUCAACUGACUUGGUGAUGUCAGAUAGUGUAGAAAAUGGUCAAGAUGAUGAAUCGGACAUGGCUGAUGGAUCUGCAGACGAUACCGUGCACAAGCAAGCUCAGAGUCAUCAAAGCAGCAGUUUGCUUUCUUUAGACAGUAAGAAUUAUCUAAGAUCCAAGCGUGUGAAGUCCAUCCAGGUAGGAGAUGCAGGGGCCACAUUGGAGUACUUACAAAAGAUGCAGGAUGAUAACCCAUCAUUCUUCUAUGCAGUACAAGUUGAUGAGGAUGAUAACAUGACUAACUUUUUCUGGGCAGAUGCGAAAUCUAUGAUGGACUUCAACUACUUCGGUGAUGCGGUUUGUUUUGACACAACCUACAAAAUUUAUGGUUAUGGUAGACCAUUUGCAUUAUUCAUCGGUGUGAAUCAUCAUAAGCAAGUUGCUAUUUUUGGGGCUGCAUUGCUAUAUGAUGAAAGUGCAGAAUCAUUUAAGUGGUUAUUUGAGACAUUCAAGGCUGCAAUGAGUGGAAGGCAACCCAGGACAGUUUUAACAGACCGUGACGCAGCAAUGUGUGAAGCAAUAGCUGCAGUUUGGCCAGGCACGAGUCAUCGUUUUUGCGUGUGGCAUAUUUGUCAGAAUGCAGUUGAGCAACUAAGUCAGGCAUUUCAUGGUUCCAGAACUUUAGGAUAUGAUUUCAGCCGAUGUCUUUUUGAUUUUGAAGAUGAGGAAGAGUUUCUAGUGGCAUGGAAAGCAAUGUUGGAAAAGUAUGAUCUCCAGGACAAUCAAUGGUUGGCAAAGCUAUUUGAUGAAAGGGAGAAAUGGGCACUGGUAUAUGGGCGUGAAACAUUUUAUGCAGACAUCAAAAGUGUCCAACAGAAGGAGAACUUAAGUACUGGCCUAAAGAAAUAUUUAAGCCCAGAAAGGGAACUUUUGAGCUUUUUUGAGCAUUAUGAGAGAAUGCUGGAUGAGCGGCGAUGUGCAGAACUACAGGCUGACGCUAAUGCAAGUCUAAGUACUAAAAAACCACCUUCUAUUCGUAUGUUGAGGCAAGCUGCAAAUGCUUAUACACCAGCUGCAUUUAAAAUGUUUGAAAGAGAAUUUGAAUUGUACAUGGAUUGUAUGUUGUAUAGUUGUGGUGAAACCGGAACAAUUUCUAACUAUAGGGUUACUGUCGAAGAGAAAGCUAAAGAUCACUUUGUCAAAUUUGAUUCUUUAGAUGGUACAGUGACCUGCACUUGUAAGAAGUUUGAGUUUAUUGGGAUUCAAUGUCGUCAUGUGUUGAAAGUACUUGACACUAGAAAUAUUAAAGAACUUCCACCACAAUACAUCUUGAAGAGGUGGAGGAAAGAUGCAAAGGCUGGAUUUUUGAGUGAUAAUGGUCCAUUUUCUUUUGAUAGUGACCCUCAGUCAUCCCUAUCAAAGCGUUACAACUAUUUAUGUCGCAUUUUCAGUAUAGCUGCAGCAAGGGCUGCUAAAAGUGUAGAGUCAUAUGCAUUUAUUGAGAGCCAGUCAGCUAUGCUUAUGGAUCAAGUGGAUCAAGUUUUACAAGCAAGACCAUCUGAGAUGCCUGCGCUGAUCACCACUUCAUGUGAUCGAUCACAAAAUCCAGUAGAAAGUGUAGUCACUGGAAGUUUACGCUAUGAUAAGGCCAAUCAAGCGAGUUUCAUUGGUGGUGCAGCUAAUGGCACUUUAACUUUUCCAUUCACCUUAACAGCUAGUCCACCAGAUUACUGUUAAGUCAGGAUUACUCAUCUCCCAGCAUUCACAUCCAACCAUUUGUUGGGGACAGUUCCCGGCUGGACCACCAGAACAGUGAAGAAGGCCAUUGUCGAUGUGAUUUCAUUUUGGGGUUCCCUAUGAUCUAUGUACUACUCAUAUUAUUCAACUAAAGCACUUAAUGCAGAAUAUGAAUUUGGUUCUCUCUUUUCUGGUCGGUUUGUGUUACUGCUAGUUUUGCAUAUUCAGUUAGAGCAUGCGUGAAUGGUUUUCAUAAAUCUGUGAUGCUAGGAAAUGGUUGUUCAGAUUUUGUCAAGGACAAAUACUAGAAUUGAUCUUUGUUUCAGUUAAGAUCUGAAUAAACUGAUUUUUCGUCUGUUGACAGGUUUCUUUUGCCUUCCUAUGCCACUGAUGGCCUGAAGAAAAAGCUGGAAUGAUUCUAUGUUUUAGGACCACAUCAUUCUUAUCACAUGCACCAAACAGCAACAUGACUCUGGUCUAUAAGCUGCCCUGUUCACAACUUUUUAUACUAAAACGACUUAAUUCAGCCUACGUCAGUAGGCACAAAGUGUAGGUUCACAUGUUGAUGCAAUGUUGAAUGUUCCAGGCUGCUAUGUUUCCUGGGUUUCUACUUUUGUAUUGUUCUCUCUGCUUUUGUUAGGAUCCUUGAUUGUAACUUAUUAUUGCCUUAAAAUUCGAAAGGUAUAUGAAUAUCUGAUUAUUCAAAAAA